GCAACAAGAACGCGUCACACGGGACGCAACCACUGCGGCGGUGAUCUGGUUUCCGGUUUUGAUAUUGUCCCCGUGCUGGUAAAGGGGCCUCGGGGCAAAAAUUGACAUAUUUAAACUCUGAGUUGUCAAGUCGAGUCCUUCAGCCCGUUUCUCGGUCUCUGUUCCCUCCGUUUAAACUGAACUCUGUGUGUGUGUGGGAGAGUGGAGCAUGCCGAGCCGAGCCGAGCACAGCAACAGUGUUAGUAGAGUCAAAAUGGCGUCUCUUUGCCCACUCCACUGUCGUCUAAUCCAUCUGUGAUUUGCCUGAACUCCAGCUACCUGUGCUUCUUUUCUCGUGUUUCGUUGAUUUCCCUCACACUGGUGCUUUAUCGGAGCACACUACAGCGUCAUGUCGGACUCGGAGGAGGACAGCCAGGACAGGCAGCUGAAGAUAGUAGUUAUUGGAGACGGUGCGUGUGGGAAGACAUCACUCGCCACUAGGUUUGCACAGGAGGCCUUUGGGAAGCAGUACAAACAAACCAUCGGGCUGGAUUUCUUCCUGAAGAGAAUAAGCCUUCCAGGCAAUAUGAACGUGACCCUGCAGGUGUGGGACAUUGGAGGCCAAACAUUAGGAGGGAAAAUGCUGGACAAAUAUGUAUACGAUGCACAUGGGGUUCUCCUGGUUUACGACAUCACAAACUACCAGAGCUUUGAGAAUCUGGAAGAUUGGUUCAGCCUGGUGAAGAAGGCCAACGAGGAGUCUGACAUCCAGCCUGUCAUCUCCCUGAUAGGGAAUAAAAUCGACCUGGAGCACAUGAGGACAGUAAAGGCUGACAAACACCAGCGUUUCUGCCAAGAGAACGGCCUCAUCAGUCAGUUUGUAUCAGCCAAGACAGGGGACUCGGUGUAUCUUUGUUUCCAGAGAGUGGCAGCUGAGAUUCUGGGUGUGAAGCUAAACAAAGCAGAAAUCGAGCAGUCCCAGAGGAUUGUGAAGGCAGAGCUGGUGGACUACCCUCAGGAUGAAGGCCCAAUUAGACAAGAGAACAACCAGCAAAGCAAAAUAUGUUCUGUUCAAUAGUGAGAACGUGUGGUGAAGGCCGACAUCGUGAACUACAGCCAGGACACCGUGGCCAGGACAGUCAACCACCCUCGCAGCUCCAUGUGUGUGGUGCAGUGACCAACUCCACCACACACACACACAAAAAAACACGCACACACACACACACAUACACCAUUAAAACAAUCACAAUCACACUUUAAGAUGUAAACUGUCUUCAGUCAGUAUUCCUGCUCUUUCAGGGUUUUCCGGGGUGGCUGGAUGAAACGUGUUCAGAGUCUGUGUUCCUGUGUGUCUGUUGUUUGAGUGAGAUGAAGAACAGACUGUGUGGUUUCGUAGCCUUGGCCUGUAGUGUGGGUAUUAAGAAGGAAUGAUUUCUUGGUUGGUUCACCAAAAAGGAAACAGACCUCUGUUUUCUUCAAGUUUACACGCAGCUAUCAUUUUAUUUCUAUGAUAAAAGACUUAAGGUGAUUACUUGAUUUUGAGUUAGUAUGAAGCUGGUUGUUUAUGGGAGAAAGACAACUGCUGUAAUCAGCCCCUCCGGUAAUUGAUAAUAUUUUUAUACAUAAAGAAGUUUUCCUCUGUUGUUGCUUUUAGAGACGCCUUUCUCAGUCAUCAGAAUUACUGCAGUAUAUUUAAAAAGAUAACUAUCAACAUCUAUACAACAUAUGUCCGACACGUGGACUCCUGUCAGAGUAGGCUGAACAGAAACCGGGCGGAGGGACUAAUCACUCGCUUGUAGAAUGUUUUGUUGUUUUCUUUAUGUCUGUGGUGCUCCUCAGUCAAAAGGAUGGUAAUUGGCUUUAAGAUGCUGUAGUGAACUCUACUUUCAAAUUGCCAAUUAGAGGCUUACUCUAGCAGUACUGUGAUAAGUAUACAGCUAUUUACAUUUACAUAGACAUAUUUUAAUUUGAAAAACCUUCGUUUAUUAUCUUUGUACUUUAAAUUAUUACCAAAUAUUUGCCAUCCUCUAAAUAGUACCUCUGUUUUCCAGAUGUUUUGUGUCUGUUCUAUGCUUCAUGAUUUAGCUUUACGUUUUUACACUACGAGACAUUCCCGGGUUAGUCCUGUUAGAGGAAAUAUGUAGAUGCUGUAUUGAUAGACUGUUGAUAAAGCUCAAUAAAUAAGAUACCUGAGUGUCAGGCUGAGCAUGAGCUGAAAUGUACAACAUUUUAGUAGCCUUAUUGAACUGUCCGUUAUAGAACAGAUGUUUGCAUUGAAGGUUGGCUAUGAGGCAUGUAAUGCUUCGUCAGAUCUUCUUUCUGACCACAUUUUAAUAGCCUGCUCAACAGUAUGUGUAUCGUUAGAGACAGCUAAACUAUUGUACGUGUAAUCAGUUGCUGCAGAAUAGUUUCUACAUGUCGGCAUGAUGUCAUGUAAUGUGGUGUCCACCUUUCAAGCUAUCUGCCAUAUGUGUAAAAUGUGUGUUUGUACGAUUAAACCAGCCUCCUCUGCAUUCAAGAGCUCCUUUAACUGAUCAGAAAUUAUCAAAGUGCAUCAUGUAAAUUCUUCUCAUGUAAGCAUAAAAAAAUGAUUGUACAGCUCAAAGUGAAUGUGUAGUCAACAUUGUACAACAACAUGGUUUUGUGUUUCUAAAUAAAAAUGGAAUCAUGGAAAACAAGAAA